CAGUCCAGAUGUGGGUGACCUGAUACGACCUUUUGACGACCUGGAGACUCAUAGACGACCUGAUCUACUGUGAACUGGAUACCUGACGAUUUUUCAAAAAUAUUUUUUUCAUAUAUUUCUCUGAUUAUUUGUUUUCUUGACUGGAGAUUUUUGAGGUUCAUACUUACCUCCGACUUACGACUUAUGACUGACGAACGACUCUGACUGAAAAAAGGAAACAAUCAAAUAGAAAAGCCAGACGGCUGACGAUUUUUUUUUUACUUGCAACUGACCUUGAACACCAAAUUCACUAACGACUUCUUGCGCCUAAAUCUCCGACAGACGAAACUUAUAAUUUCCUUGACUGAGGACCCUAGCAACUGAUGACAUCUUACGACCAUUUUAUUGAUGCCUCUUGACUGACAAUGACCAGGAUGACUACGAGGACGACCCCCACUUGAGGACUGGAGUGUGACAGCCACCCUCCGAAGUCAAGGACGACUCGCGGCGACAUUAUGUCUACUCGUGGGCGUCGACUCCCGCCCAUACCACAGGGUCAGAUCACAGACAUACCCGGGAUGGUGCCAACUGCGGUGCCAAAUACAACGCCAAAAGUUUCGUCAACUGCGGUGCCAAAUAUGGUGACGAAUUCAGUGCCAAAAGUGAUGUCAACUUCGGUGCCAAACUUGGUGCCUAGUGCGGUGUCAAAUAUGAUUUCAACAGCAGUGACAAAUUUGGUGCCAAGUGUGGUGCCAAGUUUGGCCUCAGGUUUUGGCACCGCUGGCACCUCACCCCGAGCUCAACACUCUCGCUAUCACAGGUAA